AUGGCGGCCGCUGUGUAUUCCUACAAGGAAACGCGCCUGAACUUGGAACCAUCAUCAAGCUCGUACAUUGUUGAUGUCGAGCUCCCUACCACCAGUUUCCAGGGACGGAGCCAGCGUGCCAGCAGAUCAGCCAAAGCAAUCGCUAAGAAAGAUGCUUCUCGAGCUACGACCUCUGCCAUCUACUACCGAAAACACCAUAGCUCUCCCAAAGGAUUUCUUUGGCGAGUCCUUGAAGGCGAUACCGUUUUAAGCAUCCGAACCGUCGAUCUCUAUAAACCGAAGAAGGCUGUCGACGCAAACCUCAUCCUCAACUUCCACUUCCAGCAUCCUAUUAUACCUAGCUGCGUUGCUCUUUGCGAUCCCCCGGACCACGAUGCGCUUAGUAUAUUUAUCCUCGAUACUGCCAGUCAGCUAUACACUCUCUUCUUGAGGCCAGACUCUUUCCGCAAGCGUUCGUUUGUCGAAACGGGACUUGGAGAUGCCUGCAAGAUUUACCAGCCGAAUGCGUUCCGCAACUUCAAGCAUCCAUAUAGACUUGUUGCAGUCGAUAAUGACCAACUAGUCGCGACUCUUUCUGAUGGUGGCCAUAUACGUUUUGAUAGGAAUACGGGACAUAAUGCCGUACACUCGCCCUGGAAAGAGACAUUUUAUAAUGCGAAGGGUUGGUUACGAAGUUUGUUGGGAGGUCGCGGAGAUCUAGACAUCAAGGCUGCGGCAGCUGCAGUUCACACCGAUCUAGGACUUAACAGUGCCUCGUUCCUUUUCACAGUCUGCCUCGAUCAUCGAUUACGAAUUUGGAAUCUUAAUAGCGGACAGAUCCUCGGAGCUGUAGACCUACUUAACUCCGACAGAGACCCCCAGGAGACGGGGAAGUGGCAGAUAGAUGCGACGCAGGCGAACCUGAUCCGUAUCGUGGGCACCACCGAGGGCAAACGCCUACUCGUAACAUAUUCUCCCGUCGGCCCUGGCGAGUUUAAGUUUUGGAUGCUGAGGUCCGAUAAUGCCAACUCCGUUGAUGCGGAUGAUCUCUAUCCUGACUAUGAGUUGGUACCUAAUCCUCCUCUUGGCUCGGAUGUCUGGACUCUUGCAGAUUUCAGUGUGGCAGAACAUUCAUCAUCCGGAGUAUACAGGAUGUGGCUUUUAUGGAAGAAUAAUAUGGCGUACCGAGUCCAGGAGUUGACAUUCUUAGUAGAUGAACUCAUCGAAGUCUGGCAGGACCGUUGGCGAUCCGUAUACGCUGAUACUGAUGUACCGACAGCACCAUUAUCUAGCCCGUCCGAUUCUACAGACCCUACAGAAAAAUGGCUACAGUUAAUAUUCUUCCCCGGAAGAUUCCCUAGGGCAACUGUGGAGGCUGCGCUCGGUGCUUACGAGGGAGCGAUUGGAAGACAGAGUAACGUCGCGUCUCGCAAUGGAACAGGCCUCGCUGAGUCAAUUUGCUCCGCCAUCGCAUCAACCUCGUCCCUUAAUAAGUCAUCAUCAGGUGACAUGGAUCAUGAACAGUUUAGAACCUCGAGUGAGAUGCAGUGGCGGAAAUUCUACAGGAUUUUACUCGAGCUAGACAAACCUAGAGGUGAAGCCUUAUCAUUUUCUUACGAUGGGGAGUCGGGUAUGCCAUGGGUCGUAUGCGCCGAUAGCAUCUCUGCUAUCAGAGAAUGCAGCAAGUUGGAGCAUAUACGUCACAAUCCACAGAUAGAGUAUGAAGGGUCGAAUGAGGUUCCAACUCUUGUCAUCUCCGGUACUAAUUUCGUCGCGGGUUUCUCGGACAGCAUGUUGGAAAUAUGCCAUUCCGUCAUCCGCCCAGAGAUGCUAGAAGAGUCGUCUAAGUCAGAUCAGGAACGACUUCAGUUCGUUUCAGACAAGACAGGAUUCUGGCGCCAAAUCUCUGACGAAGACGCCACCCAGGUGACUGAUGCGCUUGGUCCAAACUUCAACGUAGUUACAACGCAACUAUGCGAUAGAGUACUUGCGACGUGUAACGAAUGUUGGAAUUCCCCACAUCCCACUGAGCUUCCCCUAACGGAGUUUGGGCGAAAAGUCGUCGUCAAGGCAACCCAAGACUUAGUCGAGGUACAAUGGAACGUUAGCUUUAGCCAGCUGAUCCUCCUCGUCCACAUGGAAUUCGAAUUCGAUCGUCCUGAGGAUGCUCUACAUAACCAUGUUGAGGUUGGUGUGAUAUACAGAAACUUGCUCGUUAUACUUAAACGACUCGAACUCCUUCGAUGGCUCGUCAAUACCCAGCUGACAGCAUCACUCGCGAGAGCAGAUAGAUCGAAUUCGGUGUCUGACACUUCCCCCGUAGCCCCGAAGCGACAGGCUGAAGAGUAUAGAAUUCUCACCGCGCUCGAGGGCAAUGUAGGGCACCUUCUCGGAGUACCCGAACCCGGAUCAUUACCUUCGGGGGGAGUACCCUCAAUAAUCACGCACAUCGCCGCAGACCUCUGUGCUCCCGCUAGUAACGUGGAGUUACAACCUCAAUAUAUUCAGUGUGGUCUGCUUAUUAGAGACAGGGCGGAUCUUGCUAUUGAGUUGAGUCCAUUCUGCGAGCAAGAUCCCUUCUCAACUUAUGUGCAAGGGCGUGUACAUCUUGCUCUGAAGGACUUUACGACUGCAGCCACCUAUUUUAAGAGGGCCGCAUAUGGCAUGAGUCUGCCUCAGGCGAACCCCGAAAGGCACAGCAGUGGUCUCCUUGAUGAGACAGAAUGGAACCUACUGUUUGCAGGAUUACCACGAUAUUACGCUCACAUAGUAGCUCUCUAUGAACACCAGAAGGCUUAUUCGUUUGUUAUCGAUUUUGCUCGUCUCGCUCUCCAGUUCGUAAACGCGAACACCGAAGAUGCUAGCAAGGUCCGAACGGAGAUACAAUUGCGUCUCUUUAGCGGUGCUCUAUCCACUUCGCAAUUUGAGUUGGCCCACUCAACGAUCGUGGCGAUAAAGGAUCAUGCUUUACAGCAUUCAUGCUUACAGGCGCUUAUCCAGAGGAUGUGUGAUAACCUCCACAACUCAGAACUAGUCAACCUUACAUUCCCGGGCCUGCAAGGUGCCGUCGACGAUAUACUUGCGCAACACUGCCGAGACACGAUAGACGUCAUCACCGGCGUGCCAUAUCACCAGAUCCUCUAUGCUUGGCGCAUCAAGCGAAACGACUACCGCGGUGCCGCCGCAAUCCUACUUGAUCGAAUCCAGAAGCUUAGGCAGCUCGGAGAAGGCGAUCAAGUUACGGGUGAAGAUAUUCUUGAUACGGCAGUAACGAGGCAGUAUCUAAUGUUAAUUAACGUCCUAAGCUGCGUAGAUUCAAAGCAGGCAUGGAUUACGACCGAGGGGCCACCGCGCCCAAUUAAGCUCGGCGAACGAGACAGCCUCUCUAAGCGCAAGGUAGUUACGUUAGCUGACAUUCGUAAGGAAUAUCAAAACGAACUCGACCGCAUUGCUGCGAUCCACAACGACCAGUUUGGGUUUACGGCGGACGACGAGAUGGAGAUCCUGUGA